GGAGGAGGAUGUGGAGGGCCCCCCCCCCCCCUCUGUGUGCAACACAUCUCCUGCUCUGCGGUAAAGAUGGCGGCGGCAGAGGGGGCGCGUAGUGGCCGGACAACGCCAAAACCCUGCUAAAGGUUAACUUUUGUGGGAAUAGGACUCGCGUGGCACCGUUCAGAAAUUCUCCAGCGGUGUCGGGAGUAUACAAAUUGAAUCAACAAGAGUCCCACCCAAACUUUGUGCUUUUAUUGUCAGGGGAAGGGUGGGUGGGUUUCACUCUGAACUGCUAACAGGCUAAUAGGCUAACGAGGUAGCCGCACUGGUUAGCCCUGUGAAGAGACUGGGGAGGGGAUCAUCGGCAAGACUGUUUGGGCCAGGCCGCUUUACUUUGGGGGAAUGUGAAGCAGAGGCAGAACGGGUAUUUGCACUUUGUUUUUACAUUGUCUGUCGGGAUGGGACAGCAGGUAGGCCGGGUCGGCGAGAGCACCUCGACCGGGCUGCCACCGCAGCCCCACACGUCCCAGCCGCACCAGGGGAGAGGGAGUCGGAGUAGCGGUGUCGGGAGGAGACCCAGAGAUCCCGGCAGUAACACCGGGACACCCCCGGGCAGGUCUGCCGUGGGCACUGUACUAGAUCCCGGGAUCAAUGUCUUCACAUUUCAUUCAGAAGUGCUUCACCGACCGUUUGGCCUUGACUCUGCGGCUCUGACUGAAGCUGUGCGAUGGAGCUCCAAGGAGAACCUCCUGGGGGCAGCGGAGAGCGACCCCAAUCUCUUUGUAGCACUUUAUGACUUUGUUGCCAGCGGUGACAACACACUGAGCAUUACUAAAGGUGAGAAACUGCGAGUGCUGGGUUACAACCAGAAUGGUGAAUGGAGUGAAGUGCGCUCAAAGAAUGGCCAAGGCUGGGUGCCAUCCAACUAUAUCACCCCAGUCAACAGUCUGGAGAAGCACAGCUGGUACCACGGGCCUGUGUCUCGUAGUGCCGCUGAGUAUCUCUUAUCAUCGUUAAUCAACGGCAGUUUCCUUGUCCGAGAGAGUGAAAGCAGUCCUGGACAGCUCUCUAUUUCUCUUCGCUAUGAGGGGAGAGUCUACCACUACCGUAUCAACACUGCAUCUGAUGGAAAGGUAUAUGUGACGUCUGAGAGUCGGUUUGCCACCCUGGCUGAGCUUGUCCAUCAUCACUCCACUGUAGCUGAUGGCCUAGUCACCACACUGCACUACCCUGCGCCCAAAUGUAACAAGCCUACAGUAUACGGAGUUUCUCCCAUCCAUGAUAAAUGGGAAAUGGAGCGAACAGACAUCACCAUGAAGCACAAGCUGGGCGGAGGCCAGUAUGGAGAAGUGUAUGUCGGUGUGUGGAAGAAGUACAACCUCACAGUUGCAGUCAAAACACUAAAGGAAGACACCAUGGAAGUUGAAGAGUUUCUCAAAGAAGCAGCUGUUAUGAAGGAGGUUAAACAUCCAAACCUUGUUCAACUUCUUGGUGUGUGUACUUUGGAGCCUCCAUUCUACAUUGUCACUGAGUACAUGCCGCAUGGGAAUCUGCUCGACUACUUAAGAGAAUGUGACAAGGACGAAGUUAAUGCUGUGGUGCUGCUUUACAUGGCUACACAGAUCUCCUCUGCCAUGGAGUACCUGGAAAAGAAGAACUUCAUUCACAGAGAUCUUGCUGCAAGAAACUGCCUAGUGGGUGAGAAUCACAUUGUAAAGGUUGCCGACUUUGGCCUGAGCAGAUUGAUGACUGGUGACACCUACACUGCUCAUGCUGGUGCAAAGUUUCCAAUUAAAUGGACUGCACCAGAAAGCCUGGCCUACAACACCUUCUCUAUCAAAUCUGAUGUCUGGGCAUUUGGUGUACUACUUUGGGAAAUUGCUACUUACGGCAUGUCACCAUACCCAGGGAUUGAUCUGUCUCAGGUGUACGACCUGCUGGAGAAAGGUUAUCGCAUGGAACAGCCAGAAGGAUGCCCACCUAAGGUCUACGAACUGAUGCGAGCUUGCUGGCAGUGGAGUCCAUUGGACAGACCUUCUUUUGCAGAAACGCAUCAAGCUUUUGAAACAAUGUUUCAUGAUUCUAGCAUCUCUGAAGAAGUUGCAGAGGAGCUCUGUAAGACUGCCUCCUCUGGUCAUUGUGGACCACUACAAACGUUUGGUCACAACAUGCCGUUGCUACCAUCAAAAUCUCGAACACUCAAACAUGCAGAGAACAAAGAAAACAUAGAGAGUGGACUUGAUGGGCGACCUGACCUCAGCAUCCAAGGCCACUCAGGGUGGGGCUCUGCCAUUUUGGGAAGUGAUGGUAGAGGAAGCAGUUCUCCAGCUUUACCAAGAAAACAGCAACCUAGGGACAAGUCUCCCAACAACCUCUUGGAGGAUGGACCAGAAAUUGGCACAUUUACGCGGGAUCGCAAAGGAGGGUUUUUUAGCUCUUUUAUCAGGAAAAAAACAGUCUCCUCCUCCCCAUCGUCUCAGCUACAACAGAACCUUCCCACCCCACCUAAAAGGAGCAGUUCUUUCAGAGAAAUGGAGACUCAGCCUCAUAAGAAAUAUGAGCCCACCGCUGAUUUUAGCGCUCCUCCUCCCCUGCCCCAGUCGGACAGUCUCAGUGGCUUCUCAGCCUCACCUUCUCACUCCCACGUUGAACCAACGCAGUCCCGCUGCUGUGGCGCUGCUUUUGGACAGAAACCCACUGGAGCAGGACUUAAUUCGCACAUUUCCAGUGUUAGCAGUUGGAGUGGUUUAGCGGGAUUUUUUACUCCUAGACUUAUUAAAAAGACCCUGGGUUUAAGGACAGGGAAGCCCACAUCAUCAGAAGAGGGGACUAGUCUAGUAGGAGGGCCUAAACCCUUUCCCAGGUCCAAUUCUACAUCCUCUAUGUCAGCUGGGCUGCCCGAUUUGGAGCGAAUGGCUUUGACUUUACCUAGGAACCGCAGUGCAAAACCACCUUUGGAAAGAACUGCAUCCACAACAUCUCAGCCAGAAAAUGGUGCUUCACGGCCCUCAGAAACGUUGCUGAAGAGACUGGAUGAGGGGACUGCUCAAAUCAGAGAUAGGCCCAAAGCCAAGCUACUACCAAGGAGUACUGCAAUAGGACUAAGAACACCUGCAGUUGGAGGGGAGGUGGGCGACUCUGAUACUUUGUCUAGGGUUAGAGAGGGACGAGAGAACAUUGGAGCAGGUGUAGAUCGGCAGCAGAGCUGGUCAUCUCCUUCUAAGGCUUCUAAUUUAAGUUCUUUAUCAAAUUCAACAAGCGCACCUACUCACAAUCACAAAGUACCAGUGUUAAUAUCCCCCACACUGAAGCACAGCCCGGCAGACGUGCACCUUGUCGGUCUAGACUCUCAGGGGAACCGUUUCAAACUGCUGUCUGAGCAAGCAGAAAGAGACAGACCUCGACUGGUCAAACCCAAGUGUGCUCCCCCUCCACCCCCCACUCUACGCAGUCUGCAGCACUCUAACAGCGCAGAGGGAGAAGAGCAGGUAGGGGCAGCUCCUGUUGAAAUGAAUGGAGACACCUUAAAAACUCAAAGAUCAGUCCGAACUUCUGGAGGAGCAAUGACGGGUAGACCGUCAGUGCCACCACCACAAGUGCCAAGUACCACCAACACUACCCCCACCAAAAUGGCAAAUGGAGCUACCACCACAGCCUCAUCCAAAGUAGCACUGCGACGAACCAGGCAACAAGCGGAGAGGGUGCCACCGGAGCGGGUGAGCCGCGAGGCACUGCUGGAGUGUGCGGAGUGCCUGAGCAGCGCCCUGAAUGCCAGCUCUGAAAGCCCCUCCAGUGGCCAGGUGCUGGAUGCUGGCCACCAGCUGCUAGACUACUGCUCAGGUUAUGUAGACUGCAUUCCUCAAAUGAGAAACAAAUUUGCCUUUCGAGAGGCGGUGGGCAAGCUAGAGCUUAGCCUGCAAGAACUGAGGGCCUCUUCGUCUGGCUGUGGAGGUUUGAACAACGUAGGGCCCAACACUGUACUGGACAACCUGCACAGCUGUGUUAAAGAGAUUAGUGAUGUGGUACAAAGGUAGUCACAAUGACUGUAAAGGUAAUCAGCUCGUACAAGCCAACAGACAAUGUUUGAAAACAAACACAUUGUACCUCUGGGAAAUCAGUACAAAAAAAAAUCUUUUUAUUUGUUUACAGUAAUCCGUUUUAAUUGCCAGUAAUAACACUUGGUUUGUACAUACUACAGUGAUAUCUGUCUCAUCAUUAAGUAAUUGUUAACUGUUGCUUGAAAUCUCACAUUCUCUUUCAAUGUUGUCAAUACCUGGAAAAAGCUAUGUCCACACAAUAAGAGCUGCUCUGUGAGAAAGAUUUGAUAGAUCUCAAGUUCUGUUUUGGUUUGGCUGAAUUUCAGAGUACAGUAUCUUACCCAGAUUAUGAGGAAACUGGUUUGGCUUAGAAUUCAUUUUCUCUGAUUGAGCAGACCAUAUUUAAACUAUUCAGAGAGAGGUUUUUGUGUGCUUGAUUAAAAAUAGUAUAUCCAAUCAGUGAUAUGGGUCAAAAGACAAUAUGCAGAAUGUAUUAAGAAAAUCAUCCAGGAUCAUUUCAACAGUGCCACAGAAAUGGGUAAAAUUCUGUACUGUAAGAAAACGUGUUUGUCCACUAAUACUUGCACUCAGUAUUUUCUUUGUCUAAUGGGACCUAUAGUCAUUUUGGAGCAAAAGAGCCCAGGGGUGUGUGGGUGGAUUAUCCAAUAAGAGAGAGAGAUACUUUAUCCAUCCUGAGGGAAAUUGAAGUUAAGCUGCAGAAACAUACUACGCUUCUCUGUCGCCUAAGUGUCCUUUUAUAUGGACAGUUUGUCUGUGGCCUUGUUAUGGCCUCAGUGCCUCAAAUUCUUUAAUUUGAACCACAGACAGAGACCUAUCUCAUAGUACUGAUUUCUCCACAAAAUAACUGCAGUAUGUCUUCAGCACAUGAGCAAAAUGUAUAUUAUUGUGGUUCCAAGUAAUUCUUGGAUAAUGUGUAUGUAUGAACUUGAAUUUUAAAUUAUUAUUUUAAAAUUAGAUUUAUUUGAAAGAAAUUGGUUUAUGAUUUAUUUCACAUUGACAAAAAAGUUUUAUGUAUGAUUUAUACCGAUAAGAGCUUAAUAUAGUACAAGACUAAAGCCCACCCAUCCAGAUCUAAAUGUUUUAUGAAUGUAUUUUCCAGGUUAGUUCUUCAUGUGCAUGUGUCUUUAAUAUAAAUUAUAAGGUUGCCUUUUAUUUAUUAUUUUUUGGCCUAAUGUCACCUUGCAUAACUCCACAAAGUUUUUAAUGCAUAAAAUAAAAAUACACAUGUACAGUUAUGGUGGUAUGUGCACACAAACCACAUCUCCCAUCAAAUUAAUGUUAUCUAUGUUGGAGAUCUUGUUUUGAUGUACACUGGAAAAGGCUUCAUUUGAAUAGAUUAUGACACAUGUUGCAUCUGAAUAGUUCUAUCUAAACAAUGCAGGUCCACACAUUUUCAUCUGUCAAUGAGUCUUCUAAUCUCAAUAUACUGAUUUUAUUCACUGUGAUGGUCAAUUUACAAUAGGAUUCAUGGUGCCUUUUUAAAUUGCUCAUUUAUGUACCAAACACAAUCACAGCAAAAAUGUACACUAUUUUCAACAUUCUUAUUAACUUUUGCCCUGAGAUUGUGAUCAAAAGACCAAGAACAUUUCUGUACAGCUGCCAACUUGAAACCCAAUGGUGCACUUUGUCUACAAAUGUUGAGUUUCUAGUUUCUAAAGCCAUUUUCCCAUUUUUAUUGUGGCCUUCGAUGUUUUCUGUUCAAACACUAAAUCUAAGCUGCUCUUUUAUUACUAGAUCAUGUUUUAUUCUUUUCUAAAGUGUACUUUACUUGUUUUUGUUUCAGAUUUUUGUUUUAUUUUACAAUUAAACUACAUUUCAAAAUCACAUUUUGUUAAAACAGACCAUAAAGAUCUUGUGUAAGAAACUAGAAGAAAUAAUCUGAGAUUUUGUUUCCAGUUUAUUUUCAAUGUGCAUGCCUUUGUUCUGAGAGGAUAUCUGGAGAAUGUGUGUACAAAUCAUUAUACCAAAGGCCACUUCUUCAGAUUUAUGAGUGCAAUGUAAUCCAAGGCGGACACACACAAUGUGACAUGUGAAUCUCAACAGGGAUAAAAUGGCAGAUUUUCACAAAUUUUGUAUUGUACAGAUUAUAUUUUUUGUGUUUUUAUUUAAAGCUCACAUUACUGUGAAGUUCUGUUUAUAAGUGUGAAGCUUAUUGUAAAUAAUAAAAUUAUUGAUUAUGA